GAGAUGACAGUACCUACCAUCACAUCACUGCCUUGAAGAAGCUCGCUUGCUUGUUUUACGUCACAAGGCUUAACACAGACAGAGGCAACAUUGUAUUCACGUGCAAGGUUACAACCUUGAAUCACAUCGUCCGUAGUUUGAUCGGGACGAAGAAUAGCGUGGUCAAAAACCUUGGCAAGCUUUUCGGCAGUGAGUGUUUUGACUUCAAUGACUGUCAUUACGCGAAUGUGGGAAAAAAAAUAGAACCAGCAAAAAGAGAAAGAGAGAGGAAAGGGGAGGGGAUAGGAAUAUGUAAGUCACAGUUGUUACACCAUAUUAUGCGUAGAAGAGGACACAAGGAAAUGAAAGAAAAUAGAUGUUUAUGGCUUCCAGAGAAUAUCUUGGCAUAAUGAAAUUGUUCCACUAUUUUCUAAAGAAAGAAAGAGAUUGACGUAAAUUGACUAUUUUUAAGGCCAGUUCAAACAAUAGCCCUUUUCUUUUGCUUUCCUUUAUUUUCUGAUGCAUAUUAACUCACCACUUCCUUCAAGUUUAGCAUCCGAGUGUCGAAAGGCAGCUAGAAUAUUAAAUAGUUUUCAAGACGCUGGCAGUGGAAUAGACAUCAUUAUUCCUCCCAAUAUAUUAUCCAACGCAAAGGGAUUAGCAAUAUUUACUGUAUUAAAAGCAGGAUUUCUAUUUUCGGGUCGAGCAGGUUCAGGUUUAGUUGUUGCAAGAUUACCUGAUGGAUCCUGGUCUGCUCCCUCUGCUAUCAUGACAGGCGGUAUGGGCUUUGGCGGCCAAGUAGGUGCGGAACUGACAGACUUUAUUAUGGUUUUGAACACUACGGCUGCUGUAAAGAGCUUUAUGGAUCAUGGAUCAAUUACCUUGGGUGGAAACAUUUCUGUGGCCGCUGGACCUAUUGGUCGAAAUGCAGAAGCAUCAGGCACUGCCUCUUAUCGGACAUUAGCAGCAGUUUAUUCUUACAGUAAGACUAGGGGUCUAUUCGCAGGAGUAUCUUUAGAAGGUUCAGUGAUCAUUGAACGAUUUGAUGCAAACAAAAAAAUGUAUGGCCACAAAGUCAAAGCAAGGGAUUUACUCACUGGCGUCAUUCCACCUCCGGAUGCUGCAGAGCCUCUUUAUACUGCGCUACGCACAAAAUGCCAGCCGAGUACUAAUGCAAGAUUUGGAUUCAUGGAGCGUGAUUCAUUUGACUAUCGUUACAAUGAUCAUUACGAUCACCGUGAUGUUAUGCAACCUUCACCUACCAAUCGACCAUUAAGUCGAGCAGCGGUGCAUCAGAUGGCAAAGACAGGCACCUAUGCGUCACCAAGCCUUGGAACACCAAGCUAUGGAACGCCAACUUAUGGAACACCGAGGUUGAACGCUAAUAGCAAUGAUAAUAGCAGUCGAGACUUGGUAUUAUCAAAUAGAGACCGUCAAAUGCCUCAAGUGAGGGCAUUAUUCAACUUUAAAGGGGAGCAAGAAGGUGAUUUAGCAUUCCAGAAGGGAGACAUUAUCACCAUUAUCAAGAGAUCGGAUACACAAAAUGACUGGUGGACAGGUCGAUUGAAUGGAAAAGAAGGCAUUUUUCCUGCUAAUUUUGUUGAAGACAUUUACUAAUGUACACUUUAUUGAAAAAAUUACUUUACUGCCUAUCUAUUAAAUGUAUGUAUGUAUGUGACAGAGAACGUAUCCAAUAUAAGAUA